AUGCACUUUGGACGAGCCAUGGUAGCCGAUGGGGAGUUUGAAGCCGCUGCAGGUCGCCUUCUACUUGCUGACCGCAAGCGGUCGACAGUCAGAGGGUCAUCUAUUGCAGUAAGCAAAGCCGAUUUGCAGAUUUUAAUCCAGCUCUUCUUAUUGCAACGUGCAGAAGAUAGACGCUGGAGAGCUGGGCUGUCCUAUCACGAAUUGUACCAACGCUCCGGAGAUAUUAUGUUCUCUCGUCUCAUUGCCGACCCGGACGAAGUAUCACGAGCUUCCGGACUUGCAUCUGCCUUUUUGGCUUAUCAAUUUCCGGGUAGCGAUGAUUAUGUGACAUGGGAGCAGUUUAGAGCCUAUUGCUCGGAAUGUCCUUCAUUCAUCUUCUCUUUCUUCCAGCUCUGGGCUACCGUAUUUAUACUUCCCACCGCACCGCAAGCUCCUCGUACUGAGGGUAAGUCCACUCUCUUAAUUAGCACUACAAACAUUCUAUCCUUCCUGAAUGUUGCCUACUUCCUUAGUGGAAAACCGCCAAAUUACCGCUUUCAUCAAACUGAGUCCAUAUUCCAGCUCGAUCUGCAAGCCUCUACUUUGGUAGCCAAUCUCGCCACGACGCCUGAGCUUAGUGUCGAGGAACUACACAAGAUCAUAGCGGCGCAGGACUGGUUCCACGUGAUACUUAUCCAGGGAGAGGAUCUGAAGAUCGAGGGAAAGAGCUUUAGUAGGCUCAUCGUAGCUUUCACGAGUCCUCCGGGGAAGGAGAUGUGGCGACCAGAGAGGAAAGGCUCGGUGCAAUACGUCUGGCGGACUUCUGUGGUUCAAUUGGAGCCAGAUCUUGCUGUGGCGGAUAGCGGGGGCAUGAGUGCGAGUGUGGUGGACAAAGUACUAGAAUUACAAUCCCACGGAGGGGCAGGGAAGGAAGUCACAAGUAUGAAAGUCGAUUUAGCCGGGAAAAUAGUUAAUGUUAAGGGGCUCGGUACUGGGCUUGCGGAAAAUGCGGAAAAUAAGAAUGCGGUGGGAUCGUCUGAGGCUGGACUGAAAAUCAGUUGA